CGCUCGGGGCCGGGCAGGCUGCGCUCGGCGCCUAUAAGGGGAGGGCGCUGCGGGGCUGCCUGGUGCGGGACGGCCGCUGGCGGGGCGCUGGGGACGCGGUGCAGGAGGUUUACCGGAGUGAAUCCGUCUCUGUGGUUUUUCUGGUCUAUGUCUUGAAAUACAGAAAGAGGAAGGCUGAUCAGCGUCCUUCACUUGCAGACGACAGCUAACCGAGACGCAGGAUGGUCCACCUGCCUUCCCAGCGCUGCCUUCCUCAGCCCUACUACGUGCUCCCAAUAAGGAUUUCCCGCUAAUGCGUUUACGGUUACUUAAAGCUUUUGCUGGGUAGCACAGAGAGGCCUUCGCUGAGUUAGGUGGUUGUAAACAAGCAGAUACUGAGAGAGCUCUGCUUGUAAUCCAUGAGAGGAUUCUGCCUGGAGAGGAUGUGUUCUGUGACUUCAUUCUUGCAGAGCACUCCCAUUGAUUCCGUGUUUGUGUCAAGUCCCCCGUUCCCUCUGCCCGAAUCUCUUCCUCUGAAGCGGUCACCAGCGUGUGGAGCCUGCCCCACACCCAUCACCUGCCAAACCACGGCCUUUACCUGUGUCUUCCGGUGUUUCCCGUGCGACCCGUCCUGCGGGAGUGCCUCCUGGGCCACCCCAGAGUUCACGCAGCGCUCAGUGGCUCCAAUGGUGAAGAUGACAAGGUCCAAGACUUUCCAGGCAUAUCUGCCUUCGUGCCACAGGACCUACAGCUGCAUUCACUGCAGGGCUCAUCUCGCCAACCACGAUGAGCUCAUUUCCAAGUCCUUCCAAGGAAGCCAAGGACGAGCAUACCUCUUCAACUCAGUAGUUAAUGUGGGUUGUGGCCCUGCGGAGGAGCGGGUGUUAUUAACAGGAUUACAUGCGGUUGCAGAUAUUUACUGUGAAAACUGCAAAACCACACUGGGUUGGAAAUAUGAACACGCUUUUGAAAGCAGCCAGAAGUAUAAAGAAGGCAAAUACAUCAUUGAACUAGCUCACAUGAUCAAGGAUAAUGGCUGGGAUUGAACGGCAAGAGCCCAGCCCUACUAGCGUGUAAGAGAAUGCCAUCCAACCGAACAUUAUAUCCAAGAGUGAGAGAGUGACUGAACGCUUGGUUCCAUGCAUUUAGAGGCUCUGCAAUUUGGGAGCAUCUUCACACCCUUCUCCAUCUUUAUUGGUGACUGGCCUCUAAAUUUCUGUCUCUCUGUCUCUUUGCUUUGUAUCUGUUUGUGAGUUGACCCUGGCUGCUUCUCUCUCUGUUCUGGCGUUGGCUAAGAGAAUGCACCGAAUGCCCGACAGCCAUUCCAUGUUGCCGAAUGUUUAAGUACAAUCUGAAGUUGGCUCUGUGGUGGCAUUUUAUCAGAAGGUCUCGGUGCGGGAGGAAGACCCGAGUUUUGGGCAGGAGAAGGUGAUAGGGGGUGGGGAGUGGGCCCAAAGGGAGGUCAUCAGAAGUUGAAACUGUACUUCUCCUUAAAGUCCUGGUUAACCAAGGCUUGAAACUAUCUACUUGUCUAAAUGGACAGAAAAAUACCUCACGGCUGCGUUCUCUCCGAAUCGUAAAACCGCUGCUCCAUCUGUGGAGCUUCAGUCUAAGCCGGCUGAGCACAAGUUGUAACCAAUUCCCCCCGCAAGCUAAUCGCAGUUCUGUGUUUUGUUUGCCGUUUAUGAACUUGUUGUAUGGGGGCGAGGGGAGAAAACCUGAAGGCUGGAGAGAUUCCCUGCCUCUCCUUUUUCUCGCUGUUUCAGGGUAGGUAGGCCAAACAUCCCAACAGAACACAGCUGUGGGGAGCAUCCUUACAGCUGGAGAAACCAAAUCCUGACUCUUGAGCCCUUCAGAGAGGAGGAGAAAACUGCUUAAGGCACAGGGGGUUGGAGCUUCAGCUUAGAAGAUGUGACGCGAGGAAAUAAAAAGCACGUGCUAGGUGAGAAAGAGGAAAUUACAUAGAGGAGGAUGGGGGCAAACUUAGUAAAGCAGGGUACCCCUUGAUUUCCCGGCCUCCACUGAGCGUCCUUGGGGAUCUUUUACCAAUCCUUCACAAGUGCAAGUACGACAGUGCUGUUACAGAAUCUUUUUCUUCAAUCCCAAGCCCCGGCCGUCGGCUCCGCUCUUGGAGCCUGACAGAGGAACGGUGCAAGAGUGGGGAGAGGAGGGGGCAGAGGAGCCUGCUGGUUGUAGCAGUGUUGCACAGGUGGAUAUUUCAAGCCAUGAGGUAUCCUCCCCAAAACCUUCCCUCCCUUUUCCGACUCCCAGAAGCCUGUUGCAGGCACGGGAGGAUGGUAAAGAAAAAAAGAAACUAAACAUCUUCCCCCUACCCCUGAAAUUGUCCAUGCUUUGGAGUUUAAACCACGGGGUUAGGUGUGAGCAUCAUAACUGCAAGGGACAAGUCCUUCCCAUUUUAUUUUUUUUCAUUUUAAUUAGUGUGGCCCUUCCCAAGGUGGUUGGUGGGGAAGGGGCGUCAUGUGUGAGAGGGGGGCUGUGUUAGACACAAAUGACAAUGUGAAGUUUGCUCUGCAACAGUCCAGCCAGUAUCUGGUGCAUAACUCAAGACUAUUUAACUGAAUUAGUUUUAUCUCUCUGAGUGAAUUUUAUUUUUGUUUGUGGAAUUCUUUCAAGUAGGUUAAUCCACUGGGGGAAAUCUUUCUUAAUCCAGAAGGAAAGAGUAUUGUGCAGGGGUUUGUAACUCCUUACGAAGCCGAAGCUUUGGAGCUGUAAUCUGUUGUUGCUUGCCUCCACCCCCAAGGUGCUCUCAGUUCACUGUGGGAAUCGGGACAGAGAGAUGUGGUGAGAGCGUAAUUUGCUGUUAAAUGGAGGGAAUGUGAGCAGAGACGCUAAUUAUGGAUCAGAAUGGACCUUACAUGUUGGGUCCUUGUGCUGAAACCCAAACCUGAUGGCCUGCCUAAGCAAAGGCUGGUUUUUAGUGUUGAACCACUGUCCUGUACAACCUUGGAGAGAGAAGUGAGGUGGAGGCUGGUUGCAGCUCCUGCAGUGGGUGGAGGUGGCUCUGUUUGUCCGUAGCCUGUGAAGAGGUGGCUUCUGCCUUCACCCUUUCUGCUGCGGAUGUGUAACAAUGGCUUCGGCUUUCAUUUCUGACCAUCUCUGCUUCCAUCAUCCACGUUCUCUUCAAUGAUAAAAAUCUAAUAGAAAUCAAAACCUGUGCAGUGCCCACUGUCUCGUUGACUUUGGCGCUGGUCUGGUCCCAUUUUGUUGUCCUUUGGUUGGUGAUCCAUGACAGUGUUUUGAGGUUUGACUAGUGGGAAGUAAUCUCUGUUCUUUUGAGAGCUCUUCAGGUUCCCCAGAUACGUAGCUUUUUAGGGCAUCUGGCUGGAGCUGGGAGAAGUAACGGAUCACCCCAGAUCGUUUGUAUGAGGCUGAGAAAAAGAACACAGAUGAACUCAUGGGUUUGUGUUGGUAUUUAGAGUGAUCGCCUAUAAAAAAAGCGAUAUAAAAGGUAGACCUGUCUAGAGAACUGCUCCAAGAAAUGGGAGCAGUUCUUACAGAGACCCACCGGAUGUAGGUGAAUUUUAUCCGUACAUUUGGGACAGGAGAGGACAAUGAUCCAUCAGUCCAGGCUGUUUUUAACCGUUCACGGGGGUUGUGCUUGUAAUGGCAACCAGUCUAAGCUUGAAUACGGCAAGAUCUUAAUCUGGUUUUAAUUGGUUUUGUCCUGUCAGCAUCCACAGAUCUAUUCUUGCUGAGAAUCUGGCCUCAAGCCCUGGUACAAAAAAAAAUCUGUGUGCCUGUCAACAUCUCCAACACCCAGAGAAUUAUCAAUAGAGUGACCGUAAUAGAUUGUACAGGGAAAUAAGGAAAGAUGGGUUUGUGAGGCUCUUUGGGAACAUCCCCAACACCCAGAGAAUUAUCAAUAGAGUGACCGUAAUAGAUUGUACGGGGAAAUGAGGAAAGAUGGGCUUGUGAGGCUCGUUGGCGUUUGUUCUCUGCUCUUUGUCCAUUAAAUAUGAAGUGCUUCUCAGUCCGCUGCUAACUCAUCAGGGACGUACUGUAUGAAGACACAUGACAGGAUUUGGAGCCUGUACCGGACAGGGUGAUCCGAGCUGUACGCCGGCAGCUUCCGCAGUCAUCGCAGGCUGAUUUGAUGACUCGCAGAGUGAUGUAUUCAGAGCAUAACCAAAGAACCUCCCUGUCGGCAUCCCUCCGGUCGCGGGGCUUGACUGUAGCUGGUUCACUACUGACCAGGGCGAGCAGGGUAGGAUUGUUGUUUCUGAGCUGGAGAUGCAGCACGUGGAAACGGCCUUCUCGGGCAGCAAUGCCCAAACGCAGAGCACCGAGUGGUGCUGCUUUCCAUGGGUGAUGUCUUCAAGAAAACAAGAACGGCAGCGAGUUUUGCUCUUUUCUUUCUGUGGCAGCCUCGUCUCUGAUGAGCUGCGCCCACCCUGGAGUUUACAUCGCUCCCGUCAACCCCAAAGCUCAGACUUGUGUAAAUUGUUUUGCUCUGGUGGCUUAUCUGGUGUGAAAUCCUGAUCCCUGUAAUAAAUAUUCAGAUGAUAAUAUAUACAAAGCAGAAAAAAACCACCUUAUCUUGUGAAAUAUACUUUUGUAAAUAAUAUUUAAUUUUUUUAAAAAGAAUAAUAUAUUUGGUGCUGUUUUCUCAAAGCCCCUCCCUGAGAGCACUUUUUUGUUGUUUAUAAAUGAUACUGUUUCCUUCUGUAUUUGUUGGAUAAUAUGUUUAAAGGGAAACAAAAAUCAUAAUAUACGUUGUCCUUUUAAGUCGAUCCAUUUUUCCUCUGGAUGUGGCAGGAGACGGGAGUCGCUCCUGCUUCCAUCUGGCAGAAUUGGUCUCCGGUGCAGGCAGUGGCCGGGUUAGGUCCAGGCAGGUGUGGGGUGGGAGAUAGAUCCAGGCACUCGGGGAUGCUCCGGUGUCUGGAUUUUCCUGUGGAACACCCUCGCUUGGUGUUGGAGGUCCCGUCUGGGUCCUGAGCCCUGUGCCGGCUGGCGCUGCCGUGGUGAGUCCCGCCUACGCUGGCCGGGCUCCGCUGGGCACGAGGAGAUCUGGUUUGUAGGAUCUGGGCCUGAAUUUUUCUCUUGCACCAGUAUUGGCUGGAGUGGAGUAGAUGUCGAGACCUAGAAAACAGGAUUGAGCAUAGGCUGCACCCUCUGACUCGCUGUUUCCAGUUGCCUGCGGGCAACAGGGGGAGAGGGUAGAGAUUUUGAACUCAUCGUUUUUAAACUAAAACAUCAGUCUUUGGACAUGGAUCCUGGUUUUCUUCUGGGGUUUGUCUGUUUGUUGUUUGUUUGUUUGUUUUUAAACCAGGCUGCUACGUAACAAAUCAGAGUAAAAGUUUACCUCUCUGGUAGUAAAGUUCUUUUUUUUUUUUGUUUUGUUUUCCCUUCUGUCUUUAAUCUCGCCCCUUCUCCCUCUUCUUUGUUUUUAAUUCGUUGGGUCUCUUGUUUAUCCCAAAGUGGACCAACAGCACAAACCACUGGACUGUGUUUUGCUGAGCUGUUUUCAGUGCUGAAGAACUGUUGCACGCUCUAAUUCUCUGGGUUUGGUGCACACGAUUUAAAAAUAUACAGGAAAAAAAAAACAACCCAACCCUACGAAUGAAA